GUUUGCCCGAGUAUAUGAGACGCGGCGCGGCGCGAUGGGCAGUUGUUUGUGGGUUGCGCGCUCGGUCGGUCGCGGGUCCGCGGGUGUAUAGUCCAGGAUACAGUGAUGAGGUGGUUGGUUCUGUCGUGUUUUCUACUGUGGGCGAGGCAUGGGGAAGGGGGUGCGCUCAAAUGUUUACCAGAAGACGAUGCGUGCUCUUCGCAACUAACACAAGAAGUCGGACAACAAGAAAUCGAUAUCCGACGGCCGAGUUCAGCCGACGCUGCCGAGUGCCUGUCGGGCAGCGAAUGGGACAGUAACUGCCACAGAUGCCGCUGCGUGGCGGGCGAGGCACAGUGCGUGCGGCAGGCCGGGUGCGAUUCUAUCGAGGAGCCGAUCCGCUGCAAACCGAACACCACGUUCGAGCGCGACUGCAACACGUGCCGCUGCUUGGAGAACGGACUCGGAAUAUGCACCAUCAUGGAAUGUGCGAGUGUAACUACAGAAGCAGCACCAUCGAAGCCGAUUAUACCGAAGGGCGUGGACUGCGCCCCGGGGACGAUCUGGCAGAGCCAAUGUAACGAGUGUGUCUGCUCGCCAGAGGGCCGGCGGUACUGCACGGACAAGGCUUGCCCCGGACAGGAAACAGGUAAGAUAAGAUAAGAUAAUAACACAGCAUCGUCGAAGACAAUCAUACCUAAAGGCGUGGACUGCGCCCCGGGGACGACCUGGCAGAGCCAAUGUAACGAGUGUGUCUGCUCGCCAGAGGGCCGGCGGUACUGCACGGACAAGGCUUGCCCCGGACAAGAGACAGGUAAGAUAAGAUAAGAUAAUAACACAGCAUCGUCGAAGACAAUCAUACCUAAAGGCGUGGACUGCGCCCCGGGGACGACCUGGCAGAGCCAAUGUAACGAGUGUGUCUGCUCUCCAGAGGGCCGGCGGUACUGCACGGACAAGGCUUGCCCCGGACAAGAGACAGGUAAGAUAAGAUAA